AUGGAGAUUUUGGUGUCGACUCAUCCUGGCAUUUCAGAUGACUGCAUUGUCUCGGUACGCUGCGGAACCACCCGCCGUCAGGCACCGCUCGAUGUCGCUCGGUGCCAGGCACUGAAAUUUCCGAGCAACCUGGAAACUCUAAAUGAGCCGUUGAAGAUCGAUGUGCUCAAGCCCGUUGCAUCGGCUCGCCUAGUUCUACAUGCACAGCAGGAUGAGUACCUCAUGGAUUUCUUGGACCAACCAGGAUCGGCCAUCGGACUAAAUGUGAGGUCCACCUCAUCGCAGCCGCCCGAGAGAAAUGCGGAUGUAGGCACAGCUGGCCGAUCAGAGAGGAAACAGGGUCAGUCGCAGGGUCCUGCAUCUGCUCGCGAUUACUUGGAGCUUCAUGGAGUGCUGAAGUACGUCCAAAGCAUGCUCACAGCAUUGAUCCAGGCAAAGCCACAGGAUCCCUACCUCUUUAUGCUGCAGCAGCUGACAUCCUCCAAGGCUUACGCCAGGCCAGAGACUGACCCAGACACGCAAGCGGCCCCGGUCGUGGCACCUGAGGAAAUGGAACCGCCAAAGCCUUGUGUCGAGCGGCCCGUCUCGCCGCAGCCGCCUCCGGGCAACCCCUUCCACCUACCGAGCAGUGUGGCUGGCAGCGGCCACCAAGCUUCCGCUAAGCCUAUGGUUCCCGACACGGAGCCCACAGCUUCCACGACGAACGCGUCCACAUCCUUGCAGGAUGCAGCAACACAGACACAGGCAUCGCAAGCAGGCGGCGAAAUCGCCCCGCAAGAGGUGCCAGCGCAGGCCUCCGCAGCAACCGCCCAACGGCGAGAAGAGGAGUCGCGCGUCCGGCUCCAGACAGUUCUUUUCAAGGCAAGCCGGAACGGCGUCUUGGAGGAGAUUCUGCAGAACAUGUUCUGCUCGCCUGCUUGCACCUGUGAUUUAAGCGCAUAUUGCCACAGCGGACUCCAUGGAGAUGGUCUCACAACCACGUCAGCUCCGGGUGAGAUGCACGUGCCGCAUGCAGAUGGGGAGACAUGUAGGAGCGCCAUGGACGCAGGUCAACUUAGAAACCAUGUCCGCGAGCGGCUGACAGAUGCCUGGUCAACUGGGGAGUUGGAAAAGGCAGUGCAGGAGGCUUUGGAGCAAAGCGGGCCGAGAAUCUCACAGGCUACAGCAGAGCAGAGCAUCCAGUUCUUGCAGGACGAAAUCAAGAUUAUGACCGAAGAAAGCAGACUCCUACACGAACAGGUGGAUCGACUUAGUUCUGAAAUGCAGCAACUGCUGAUGACGAACGAGAAGCUCCUCAGUCAGAUCCAAAGCGCUGAAUCUGCGGACAAGCUCAGCCGAGCGCCGUAG